CUUACCUGUGCUGAAGAAAGCUUUGCCUCACAGAGUGGGGCUGAUGGGAAACCCAUCGGAUGGGUUCAACGGGAAGACCAUCGCCAUGACCAUCUCUAACUUCUGGGCUGAAGUCACCCUGCUGGAAAGCCAGACUUUGGUUUUAGUCCCUCACCCUCUCAACGACCCCACAGAGUUUGGCAGUCUGCAGGAUCUGUUCUGCAUCAGCAGAAAGGAGGGGUACCUGGGCGGGCUGCGGUUGCUGCAAGCCACAUGCAAAAAGUUCUACCAGUUUUGCUCCAAACAAGGGAUCGCUCUGACCAAGCAGAACUUCACCCUGAAGUACGACACCAACAUCCCUCGACAAGUGGGCCUGGCUGGAAGCAGUGCCAUCGUGUCUGCCACGCUCAAGUGUCUGAUGAAGUUCUACAACAUCACUGAUGCGGUGAGGCAGCUUUGUCUGUUUUCAUUACUUUAUUUUCACUAAAAGCAACAUUAUUUCCAGAGAAUAUGCUCAGAGAUUAAUACCCCACAAAAAAAAA